AUGGGUGGUGAUAAAUUAAAACAUUUACCAUUAAUACAUUUUAAAUAUAAUCAUCAUUCAUCAAUUACAAAUACAAAACAAUCUGAAACAAAUUCAAAUUCAAAACCACAAAGUCAAGUUCAAGAUCAAAAUAAUUCAUUUAAUAAAAUCUCGACUAAUAUUAAAGGUUUUAGAAAAAAAAUUGAAGAACAAAGAAAAAGUGAUGAUAAUGAAGGUGACUUAAGUGAUAUACCACAAGAUUAUAUCCCAAGAACUUUACCAAAUGAUCCAAAUGAUGAACUUCAUAAAAUUCAAAAUCAUUUAUCAAGAAAUCUUGAAGAUCACAAUAGAAUUAAUCAAGAUGGUGUGACAAUUCCUUAUGGUAUACAACCAUCUAAUUUAAAUGGCUUUACAAAUACACAACAAAGUCAUUAUUUAGAUCCUAAUGAAAUUGAGAAACAUCCUAAAUUAUUUCCAAUUCAACGGAAACUAGAAAAAAAACAUCCAAGACAAGAACAUGUUGAAGUUUAUAAUUAUUUGAAUCCGAGAAAGACUGCAAAUAUGACUUAUAAUGAAAAAAUUUCGAAUUGGUUAUCGUCAAUUCCAUUAAUUGCCAAAAAUAAUAAUACUAGUGGUGGUAAUUUUUUCACAAAUAAUGAAAAUUUAUCACCAAAUUAUAAAAUUGAUUGUUAUCCAGGUGUUGUUUCACAUUCUAUUACGGCUUCAAAUACUUCAAAUGGAGAAAUUGAUUUAACUGAUGUUGAUGAUAUUAUUGAAUUACAAGCUCAAAAAGUCACAAAAUAUGUUACAAGAUUAUACUAUAAUGAAAAUGAAACAAAUGACAAUAUUGUUGAAGAUCAUAGUUCUGGUGGAAAUGAUGAUGAAGAAGAAUUGAUAGUUGACCAAAAAAUUCCACGAUUAAUUACAGUACAAGAAGGUGAUGAAAAAGGUCAGAAUUAUGAUGCGACUCCCUCAAAGUCGUUUCAACACUAA